ACUAAAUGUCGAAUGGGUGCAUUUUUGGACUAUUAGGUACUUGUGUGUAUAAAUAUUUCGAAACUGGUCGUAUCAUCAUCAGUCUCAACUCAGCAGUUAAAUUGAAUGAAUCGUCCUACUAGCAACAAAAUGUUCAAGAUCAUCGCUUUGGUUGCCUGCUUGGCUGUCAUCGUCGCUGCCAUCGAUGAUCACCACACCGAUCCCAAAUAUAAGUUUGAAUAUGGAGUCAAGGAUGGACACACCAAGGAUCACAAGAGCCAGUGGGAAUCUCGCGAUGGACAUGACGUGAAGGGACAAUACACUCUGGAUGAAGCCGAUGGAACUCACCGUGUUGUUGAUUAUACCUCGGACCACAAGGCUGGAUUCCAGGCUCAUGUUCAGCGCGAGGGACAUGGAAAGCAUCCACACGGAGAAAGCUACGCCAACAUCGAUCAGAAGCAUUGA